AUACGCAAGACAGUCACCUCAGCUCCUCACAGACAAGUCCUCAUCAAAUAGGUGUGAGUUCCAGUGGAUAGUCAUCGUUGUGACACAGCUUCGCCAUGUUCAGAUUCAGCAGCUUCAUCGUCACUCUUCUGGUGGCCUCAGUGUUGCCGCACUGCUCUUAUGGCAUCCUGGAGGAGGAGCUGACGGCGGCGCUGCAGGCGGCUCUGGCACCCCACGACCCUAUCGUCUUCCCUCGCAUCAACGACCUCCAUGUUGUCACCGACCAUGCUGACCUGGUGUUCAACGCUAACGACACCGUCCACGGCGGGUUCUCCAACAUUGUGGUCACCUUCUUCCAGCCGCCAGUCCCGCUCGUCUCUAAACAGACGAAGGUGGACGCCGUGGUCAACGUCACCUUCCGCACAGAGGACUACUCCCUCGCUGGCACCUUUAAUGGCGAGGAAAUGUACAGCUCAGGCACAGCAGAUUUGGAGUUCAUCCUGUUCGGUCUCAACGUUGACUUCUUGACCGAAGAAAUCACCCUAGACCCCCUGGGAGGCUGUAUCGAAGAGGGCUCCCUCGUCAUGGACUUCACCAUUGGCUCCAUGAUAGCGGACUUCGAGGGAGCAGAGGAGAUAAGCGCUCACAUCGAAGAAGAAGCUCAAGCACUUAUUGAGAUUGCCCAAAAUAUUUUCAACGAGAACUCCUUAGCGCUUGAGGAGUUCCUCAACUCUCUGGCGUGUGUGGCAGCGGCCUUCAGAGCGCCCUGACUCUCACAGCCAUCAACGUGAUACCUACGUUGUGAGCGUCGCCUCAGAGCUGUCUUCCUGGCACGGACUGUCUUCUGAAGCAAAGUCAACUACAUCCCAAGGCUUCUGGAUACCUUUUACAAUGUUUAAAAUAAACUGAAAUAUAUUA